ACAAAGCAUGCCACGCUGAAGCCCUUCCCCUUAGGCCUAGGCCCUCGCCUCACCAAGCGACAGGUAGAGGUGACAACCGGGUCGCUCGUUCAUGGACCCAGGUAACGACACACAAUGCCAUGGAACAAACUCCUGCUCAUCGAGGGCAUCUGACCCUGGGUGCACGAGUGAAUUAACUGAGUUAAUGUUGACUACGUUCCUGAUGAGUAUUCACGGAGUAAUUGGUGACCACACCAAAAUGUCGUUCAAGUGCGAGGUCCAGAGGCCUCGAGGGCUGGGAUUUACCCAUCGGAGCCGUCCGCUCACACGCCGUUAGUAAGGGUUCCGCCGCCUUCACUGGAGGGAGGAAAGUCACUUUUGGAAAUCGACUUUGCUUCGCCGGCGAAGUCCGCCAGGGUCCGGCCUGGAGUCGCCCCAGGAGCCGCUACCGGAACUUGACGAGCUCCCUUUCGGCGCCGCGCCCGCCUUCCCGGACCAGGCCGGAAGUGGCUUCCGGACAGCCGCCGCCGCAGCUCCGUAAAGCAAGAUGGCACUUCUCUCUGAGGCUAUUAUCUCCAUUUGAUAGCUAGUAUUCCUCUUCUCACCAGUUACUCCCGACUUCCAUCCCGCGCCUGAAUUUUCGUCAGCGCCACAUUCAUGUUUUUCUUUCAUUCAGCCUUGGUAGAGGAUGGUCUGGAGGCAACCUAGGACCAGCCUGAGCAGCGUGGGGCGCCAUUUUGUACGGAAACCGAAGGCAGGGCGGGGGCGUGUGAGGCCUCCCGAGGAGGCCGGGCUUGAGCGAGAGCGUGGGCGGGAGGGCGUUGUUCACCGAUGACGUAUUUCCGCUUCUGGUCUGCCUGGUCGUUUGUGGUUGGAUCGGCUUGUUGCGGGGAGGGAGGGGGAAGAUUGUUUGCUGCCUAGAAGCUCCGCGGACGGGAAUGUAAACUGAGCUCGCCAGAGACGCUCAUCCUACAGCCUCAGUUCGGGCCCAACCUUCUCUCUCCAGCUGCCACCACAGCCUGGAGGCGCCUGCCUCCACCCUCCCGAAUGGUGCUCCUCCUAGCAGGCCUCGGCCCGGGAUCCAAGCCCCCUUUGCCCCCCGCCUUGGAGCUGUUGCUCCGGGUUUCUCAUAGUGGACUCCCUGUGGCGGGAAGGGAAGAACUUUUGCACAGACAAGGCUUCAGCUCUAAGAACCCCACUGACAACUUGAAUGUCAACCUCUAACCUAGUGUGAGGUUCUUCCUGUGCCCACGUUUUCUGCCUUUUGAGAAGAGAAACCCUUCUCCUGGCCAUCUAGAACCCAGGAAGCCCCAAGCUGGGGCCCUGGUCCCAGCAUGUCAGUCCUCUCUUGUGCAUAGGGCUCUGCCCUCUCCCUGUCAGCAUGGCUGAGCUCAGACAGGUUCCAGGAGGGCGGGAAACCCCACAGGGGGAACUGCGGCCUGAAGUGGCAGAGGAUGAAGUCCCUAGGAGCCCAGUCGCAGAAGAGCCAGGAGGAGGUGGAAGCAGCAGCAGUGAGGCCAAAUUGUCCCCAAGAGAGGAGGAAGAACUGGAUCCUAGAAUACAGGAGGAGCUGGAGCACCUGAACCAGGCCAGCGAGGAGAUCAACCAGGUGGAACUUCAGCUGGAUGAGGCCAGGACCACCUAUCGGAGGAUCCUGCAGGAGUCGGCGAGGAAACUGAAUACACAGGGUUCCCACUUGGGAAGCUGCAUCGAGAAAGCCCGGCCCUACUAUGAGGCUCGGCGGCUGGCUAAGGAGGCUCAGCAGGAGACCCAGAAGGCAGCGCUGCGGUACGAGCGCGCCGUGAGCAUGCACAACGCUGCUCGGGAAAUGGUGUUUGUGGCUGAGCAGGGCGUCAUGGCCGACAAGAACCGACUGGACCCCACGUGGCAGGAGAUGCUGAACCACGCCACCUGCAAGGUGAACGAGGCGGAGGAAGAACGGCUUCGAGGUGAGCGGGAGCACCAGCGAGUGACUCGGCUGUGCCAGCAGGCUGAGGCUCGGGUCCAAGCCCUGCAGAAGACGCUCCGGAGGGCCAUCGGCAAGAGCCGCCCCUACUUUGAGCUCAAGGCCCAGUUCAGCCAGAUCCUGGAGGAGCACAAGGCCAAGGUAACAGAACUGGAGCAGCAGGUCGCUCAGGCCAAGACACGCUACUCAGUGGCCCUUCGCAACCUGGAGCAGAUCAGCGAGCAGAUCCACGCGCGGCGCCGCGGGGGUCUGCCUCCCCACCCGCUGGGCCCUCGGCGCUCCUCCCCCGUGGGGGCUGAAGCAGGACCUGAGGACAUAGAGGACGGAGACAGCGGGAUUGAGGGGGCCGAGGGCGCGGGGCUGGAGGAGGGCAGCAGCCUGGGGCCCGGCCCCGCCCCCGACACCGACACCCUGAGUCUGCUGAGCCUGCGCACGGUGGCUUCGGACCUGCAGAAGUGCGACUCCGUGGAGCACUUGCGAGGCCUCUCGGACCACGUCAGUCUGGACGGCCAAGAGCUGGGAACCCGGAGUGGAGGGCGCCGGGGCAGCGACGGCGGAGUCCGUGGGGGUCGGCACCAGCGCAGUGUCAGCCUGUAGUGGAGGGACCGGCGUUCCUGGCUUGAAUCUGCUGUCCUGGGCCGGUCGGGGCCCCCAGGCUUCUCACGCCCUCUCCUCUGGGGCCUUGGCUUCCCGGAGGUCCCCUUCUCCAGUGCUUCCCUGGAGAGGCCAGCUGUGUCGAGUCCUCUGUGCCUGCCCUGGCGUUCUCACAGCCUCCCCCUUCCCUUCAGCAGGCAGCUCUGUUUGCCUUACCCGUCCGGAAGGCUUGCCCUCGGCGCUCUGCCUGCCCCUGCUGCUGGCUCAUCGCAAUCUGCAGGGCAUUGACCCUUUGCUUUCCCUUUCUGCUCCCUCUCUUUCCAUCUGUUUGGCUUUUUCCCUCAGGGAACUGGGUCUGGAAGGCACUGGGAAGCUCAUCAGAGAAAAUGGGUGCUGGGCCUGCGUACUCCGGUCGGAGGGGACGGACAGGCACCCUCCCGUUGGUUUUCUGGCCCCGCCCCCCUUCCCAAGGCAGCUCUGGAGGGCACCCUGGAUAUGCUGCUGCGCCCUGCACCCCCGUCCUGUUCCAGCCCGCGCGUGUGUAACCUGUAAGACGUGCUGUGUGCCUCUGGAAGACACCACCUUUCCCUCCAGCGUUCCCUCUCAUGAGCCGAGGCGCUCUGCAAUGUGUGCCCCAAAGCAGAGCUUACAGAACCUGCAGGAAGCUGGUGUCAGGGAGAGAAACCCAACCCCACUGUCAACAUAGGGAACAUCACCCACUCCAGACUGGCUCCUGUGGGUGCGGUGUUUCCGCUGGGCUGGGUUCUCAACAUUGCCAAGGUGCUAGUGGGUCCCUAAGAGGGCCCGUGGUGGGGGUGAAGUCACGAGGUCCUGAAGGCUUAGGCCCGUCAUUCCCACCCUCACUUGCUGCACAGUUGUGUUUACUUUUUCUGGGUAGAGGAUGCUAAACUGACUUAGCACCCUCCUGCAGGGCGGGGUUAGGGAAUUUGGUGCUCAAUUGCUGUCCCUUGCUCUUACCCAAACUCAAUACCUACCGCAGGAUCCCUCGGGGCACACUCAAGCUUGGCUGCCAACCCUCUUCACUUCCUUUGUUACAGGGAGGGGUUGGCUUGGGGUGAAAAGUCCUGCCCUCCGUUGGGAGCAGCUCCAGCUGCCUGGGACAGUGCUCCCAGUUUGUAGGGAAGCCACACCAGAUCUGGGUGCCUAGGGAGAACCGGUCCUUCCUUUUGACCCACCCCAGGAUAGUGGAGAGCUCUUGUCUAGGCCCAUGUUCUGCCAGCGACCGGGAUGAGUGGGCAUCUGGACUCCACACGGGGUCUACAGGUCGAGGGAGGUUGGUCACGAUGAGAACCUCGGGGUUUGAGGUGGCCAUGGGCAGAGAGCAGAAAGGGAGGGAGGGUGUGGGUGUGCGUGCGUGCAUGUGCUGGUGUGUAAGGGGGAAAGGGUCUUUACUGGUUUUAUUUAAAUAAAGUAGUUUAUGUAACAGUUAA